UGUUUCUCCCCAUCUUUUUGUCUCCCUUUCAGUGUCCACCAGAGUUGUAUUGCCUUGCUGGUGUAAGCCCUCCCUUCCAGAAGACCUGCUCUUGCCCACUUCAAUCUCCCUCAGAACAGCAGAAGGGGGCUGCAGAGCGAUAAAACUUUAUGUUUUCAUCAAGCCGUGCCAAGGAGAAUGGGGGUCCCACACCCAAAAGAAUGAAGACACGACAGAACAAGGACUCGAUGUCUAUGCGGAGUGGACGGAAGAAAGAGACUCCAGGGCCCCGAGAGGAGCUCAGGUCACGGGGUCGAGCUUCCCCCAGUGGUGUGAGCACCUCCAGCAGUGAUGGCAAAGCUGAGAAAUCCCGACAAGCAACAAAGAAAGGCCGGGUGGAGGAAUCCUGCACCCCCAAGGGCAGCAAGCAGGGCCGAACAGAAGAGAUCUCUGAAAGUGAAGGGGAGGACAGCAAUGCUCCUAAAAAGACCAAAACUGAGGAAUUACCCUGUCCUCCAUCCCCUUCUGACGUUGACAGCCUCGAUGGCCACAGCUUCAAUGAUGAGAUGAGCAGCGAUCCACGGGACAUAGACCAGGAUAACAGGAGCACCUCACCCAGUGUCUACAGCCCUGGCAGUGUGGAGAAUGACUCCGACUCCUCCUCUGUGCUGUCCCAGGGCCCAUCCCUCUCCUAUCACCACCCUCCGCUCUUCCCCCAGAGCCCUCCGGUAGCCCCUACUUCUGACAGCCUGGCCCGUCCACCUGAGCCUGGUUUCAGUCUCCCAGGCGAGGCCCACCCCCAGGGCCCCACUGCUGGUGGCUACCACUCCCAGCUGGAGGGCCAGGCCUCCCGCAUUUUCCAGGCUCCAGCCCCACAGACACCUGCUUCCUCUUCUUCUGCCGUUGCCACCACUUCUGCCACCUGCUCUUCUUCCUCCUCCUCUUCCACUUCCACCCACGCUCCUCUCUACCCUACGGCCAAUGUGGUUCAAGUCGGUUCCAAAAUUGCUGGUGGAGCAGGGGGCCUCUCAGCACCGGGGAGUCGUGAGCAGACCCUCAGCGCCAAGCACAAUCCACCACCUACCACUCCCAUCUCACUGGCGUCGGUAGUUGGGGGAUUGCCCCCUCAGAAGACCUCCCCAGCCAAUCCACCACCUGCCCCCUCAGCCUCUGCACCUUCCUUCCCGCAUGUGUCAGCCAACUUGCCCCCCCCACCAGCUCUGCGCCCACUGAACAAUGUGGCAGCCUCCUCUAGCUCCCCAGGGAUGACAGGACAGGCCUUGAGUGGGCACAUGGCAUCACCCCAUGGGAUAGGCCAGGACAAGGCACAGCCCCUGGCCCCCUCACGCUACCCCUAUGCCCCUCCACAGCUGCCACCUUCCAGCUCCUCUGCUCAGUACCCACAACCCUCCCCCACCCAGCCCUUGCCCAGUUACACUGCCUCCUAUGGGCACUCCUUCCCCCCUCCCAGCGGCCUUUCGGUGUCCAGCCAGCCCCCCAAGUACACCCAGCCCUCCCUACCCUCACAACCUGUAUGGAGCCAGGCCCCUCCUCCCUACAGCCGCCCCCUGGGCAAUGCCAGCUCCCAUCUCCCAGCCUCCUUCCCUGGUCAGUCUCCUCAUCACCAGCAACCACCCCAGCAGCACCACCAUGGCCACAACAGUGGCGGGGGGUCUCCCCAGCUGUAGCAGCAGCCCCCCCACAACCUCCUGGGGGCUAUCCCCAUGCCCUGGAGUCCAACAGCCAUCACCCAUCUCAUGCCACAUAUGGGUUGCGCCUCUACCCUCCCCACAGUCAGGCCACUUACAGCCAGGCUCCCUCAGCUGCUACAGCCCCUUCUUCCUCCUCCUCCUGUUCCUCCUCAUCUUCUUCUUCUUCCUCCUCCUCCACCUCUUCCCAGGGAAACUACCCCUCCAUAUGCACUCAUCCCCCGGGGCAGAGUCCUGCCACCUACACCUUCCCCCCGCC